ACUUUCUCCCGUCGCUUUCUCCAUCUCUCCUUGUAGGAUCACAUCCGUUGUAUGACACCUGACUAACCUUCAGCAUCCAUCUCCAGCUUGGUAUUACACGACGUCGUUUUCGUGUUUCUGUCAAUUUCUCUCUAAUUCUCCAUGUGAAGACCUCAACAUCUCUCAUCCCAGAAUGGACUGAAACCCCUCCAAUUUUCAAUUGCUGCUCAAAAUUCUAUCAUUUCACACUUCAAUUUUGAUCUCAGGUCAAGUACUAAUCAGAUUAGGGUUUUCAAUUUUUCUCCCAGCAAUGGCGUCUGAAAAAAUUGGUUUAGUUCAAGCUCAGCGACUCGAUAAUGGCCUCAAUCCCCAGCUCGUAUUCCAAGACGAGAACAUUCGAUUCACAUGCGCCCCACCGCAACGCCACCGUGUCGUAGGCGAUUCCGGUCCGAAAACCACUCGCGAGCUCACCGGAUUCAUCGACAAUCACUUCUUUCAACCUCAAACCGCCGAAUUCAGGCGAGUGAUCUACGGAGAUGCCGCUCCAGACCGCCAGGGAAACCACAAUUGGACUGGCAACGGUCGGACUUCAAUGACACCGAGCGGCGAUGGAUCGGAAGAUGAAGAUGUUGAUGACGACGACGAGGAUGUUGAUGAAGGAGAUAAUGAAGUUGAAAGACUAGGAGGCGUAAACAACAACCGCAAUAACAACACAAAUAAUACUAGUAGUAACAAUAGUGGACAUAGUAGUGCUACUACGGACAAUAUUGGAAAUGGAAAGUCGAAAUGCCUUUCUUCUUUUGGUUUGAAAGAAGGAAAUACUGGUCAGUCUGGAAAUAAUAGUAAUAAUAAUAACGAUUUGAGAGCGAGCUCGAGUGGGAAUCAUCUGCAAGAAAGAGUUGGUUCAUACCAGAAUGCAGUUACAAUCGCGGACCCAGAUGGAGAUUUGUAUUAUUCUCAAUAUCUGCAGGGACCGGAAGGGUCAAACGCUGGGCAGAAGGAUAUGUUGGUGGAAAACGGCUAUGGAUUUAGUGGAAGAAGUGAAUCAGGAGAGUCUUUGAGGGCAAUUCUCUCAGACCCUCUGACAGGAACACUUAUGGAUGAUGCAAUGAUAUUGCCUUGUGGGCAUUCCUUCAGUGGUGGUGGAAUACAACAUGUUAUUAAAAUGAAAGCUUGCUAUACAUGUUCCCAAGCAGUGUCGGAGGACUCAGUGGCUCCCAACCUCUCUCUCCGAGCUGCUGUGCAGGCAUUUCGUCGUGAAGAAGAGUCACAGGUUAACCGUGCAUCAAAAAAACGAAGGGAGAGAUAUGAACAGGACAAGGGAAGUUGUGGUGAUUCAAUUCUCAUGGAUCAUCCGAGGGGAAGAGGUGUUCAGUUUCCAUUUGCUGUGACUGACAGGGUUAUUAUAAAGGGUAACAAGAGGACUCCCCAGCGUUUUGUUGGUCGUGAGGCUGUUGUAACUACUCAAUGCUUGAAUGGAUGGUAUGUGGUGAAGACACUGGACAAUGCAGAGAGUGUGAAAUUGCAGUAUCGCUCACUCGCCAAGGCUUCAGAUAAUCCAUCCUUGAAACCAAUGUCAAGUAAGAUGACACCAAACUGGCUCUAGUGUUGCAGUAAACAAAAUGGCCAGAAUUAUGUAGUUAUAAUUUAUCGCCAAUAUGCCACAUUUCCAAAAAUUUAAUCUAACUUGAUAGCACUAUAGGUUUUCUUCUUGUACUAUUGAUGUUGUAUUCCUCUUGCACGAAUCUCAUAUAUAGGUCUUGUAAAUCUUAGAAACCUAGUUCUUUGAUAUGAGGAAGAUUAGAAUGAAGCCUAGAUAUUUGGACAAAUCAUUUUUGCUUAAAAUAUCUAUGCAACAGCCCUUGUAUUCUGCCGACGUUUCUGUAAGAAUAUGAGUGAUAUAUAUUUAUCA